UAUUAUUUUGUAAAAGUACGCACAUGCACUGUUUAUGAAUUCAAGUAUAGUGAAUUAAACAUGAAUCUUCUUCCCAAAUCCCACAAAGAGUUUAGUGAGAAAGACUACUGGAAUAAAUUUUUCAAAAAAAGGGGGAAUAAAGCUUUCGAAUGGUAUGGUGAAUAUCUCGAGCUAUGCACCCAUCUACAUAAAUAUAUAAAGAAAUCUGACAUAAUUCUUAUACCUGGAUGUGGUAAUUCAAGUCUUAGUGCUGAUCUUUACGACAUUGGCUACCCAAAUAUAACUAAUAUAGAUGUUUCGGAAGUUGUAAUAAGACAGAUGAAAGUAACAAACGCAGAUAGAACAAGUAUGAGAUUUCUAUAUAUGGAUGCAUUAAAUAUGACUUUUGAAAAUGAAGAGUUUAAUGUUGUACUCGAUAAAGGCACAUUAGAUGCCCUCAUGCCUGAUGAUAGCGAAGAAACUAAUGAAAGAAUAAAUAAAUAUUUUAAUGAAAUAAAACGUGUGCUAAAAAUUAGCGGUAGAUUUGUAUGUAUAACAUUAUUACAAAGCCACAUAUUGAGUAAAUUGUUGGAGUUCUUUUGUGAUAAAACUUGGAUGUUCAGAGUGGUCAGAUGCCAUGAGGCUGAAGAGAAAAAUGCUGAGAAUGGUGCAGGGAUGACUUUGCCCGUGUUUGUUGUAGUGGCUACUAAGUUUAAGGAAAUGCCUAAAUUAAUUCUAGAAGUGUGCAUGGCCGGUGAUAAGAUGCAAAGGCUGGAAACAGCUGAUCAGCUGAAGGCAUGUGUCAAGUUGGCACAGGAUGCUGCAUUCAUCACCAACGGACUUGCUAAAACAUCACUCGAAGGUGAUGAUGAGGUGACACUAGAUUUAAUGUUGCCUGGAGAUGACAACCCUCGCUACACCCUGUACAUAGUGGAUCAGAAGAAAUCGCAGGCUAUCAACAAGUAUGCAGUGUUUAUUGUGCCACAGGGAAGGGAAUCCGAGUGGCUCUUCGGCACACCGGCGGGUAGGCGUCAGUUGCAGGAAUCAGCUCGGUUCGGCAGACUCGUGGUGGCCGUGUUGCGGCGGGGCCACGUGUUCGAGAGCCUCGACGCGGUGAAAGAGGAGCUGGCGCACUCCGCCAAGAUGCUGGUGCCCAACGGGUUCACUGGACAGAUGCCGUUCUUGUCGCUCGGCAGCGACGUGGGUCGCCGCGUCAAAGUGCACGAAGGCUCGUCCAAGGUUUCCGGGGAUUACGUGGUGGAGGACGUCGACGUAGAAGGCGCCACGUACCGCCGGCUCGUGUUCCUCGACAACCAAUUCCUGGUGCAGUCGGAGGCUAAACUGAAGACUGUUAAAAGAAAAAACAAGUCGAAGCAAGUGGUGGACUUUGGUCAUAUAACUGUGUAUCACGCCUUCAUGUCCGUCGGUGUGCAGUUAACUAACAAUCAAAAAGUGGCUGUACUGGGCCUAGGCGGUGGCAGCCUCUGUAUGUUCCUCAAGAAAUGCUUUGGUGAUCUGAAGGUGACAGCCGUAGACUUGGACCCGGCGAUGCUAGAAGUCGCAAAGAACCACUUCGAGUGCGAGGUGGACGAAAAACUCGAGGUGCAGAUCAAAGAUGGCCUCGACUUCUUGAGGGACGAAGCGGAGAGUGGCAAUCAGUACGGAGCGGUGCUCUUCGACAUGGACAGCAAGGAUCGUACCGUCGGGUUGUCGUGCCCGCCACGCCAGUUUUUGAGCGACGAAGUUCUGCAGCACGUCAACCGGGUACUGAACAACGAUGGCCAAUUUAUCCUCAAUCUAGUCUGUCGAGACACGCAACUUCACGAAACCAUAAUGACGACGCUAAAGAAACACUUCAAACAUUUAGUCGCCGUCAAACUCUACGAGGACGUCAACGAAGUGGUAUUCGCGACUAAUGGCAAUAGACAAUACUCUAUGGACAGUUUCGAAGAGGCCGCAAGGACUCUCAAUGCGUCCGCGAGAGAAAGGAAUUUGGUUAAAAUCAAAUGUGUGGACCUGAAAGACUUUUUGCAAUCAAUUACUAUUGUUUCAUAGUAUUGCCAAAUUUUGCGACUUUGUACCUACAAUUGUAUAAGAAUUAUUUAAGAAGAAGAAGAAGAAAUACUUUAUUGCACACAAACAUCAGAAUAUACAUAAAAUAUAGAAUAAACAACAACAAGAAUUGUAGGCAUGCAAAUGCAAUUAUUUUGUGCUAAAACAUUGCAUACAUCGUCUGUAGCAUACUACUGGCAUAACUAAUGGCAUCACCAAUAUAGAUAGAUUUUAAAACGGACUUUUGAAACGCCCGCUAGGGAUGGUAAAAAAAAAAAUGUGUAAACCUAAAAUACUUUAUGCAAUCUUUUAUUGAAUAAUUUCGCAGCACGCAUUAGUCUACAAUAUGCUAGUGGCAUAACUAAGGAAGUCCCCUUUUUUAAUAGUAUCCCAACACACAAGGGGUGGGAAGCUAGUUACAAUCCAAUGUGAACUUCAAAAAUUUCAUGCAAUCGAUUACGUUUCAUAGAUUUAUAUAAUAAAAGUGGACUAAUUUGAGCUUUAUCUUAAGCUUCAUAAGUUCCAUUUUACUCUGUCAUUACCGUGUUUUAAAACUCUAUAACGUAUAUAUUUUAUGCUAAGGGUGUUGGGGGCGAAUAAAGACUACUUUUUGCCCGGGAAAUAUUUUAGUACCAAAAUUCCACUGACGAAGAACUGAAGGACUGAAGAAAACGCGGACAUCUUCUAGAAUUUAUAGUUUGCAAAACUUUGCUGAGUCCGAUCAAAUGUUGGUAUUUUCUGUGGCCUCGGAUGUUUGCAGUGUAGUAAGAGCUCUACAAGAUUGUUAUUGUUAAAAUUAUAAUGUUAAUAAAUAUGUAAAAAUGUAUAUUUUAUAAAUGUUAAUUUAGGGCCACCGCAAAUAACAAACUUAUUUGCCGUUAGUUGAUCCACUUUGCGUCAAUGAAAAGGCGCUAUUACAUACAUUUAUUAUAAUUGAGAUCAAUAUUUAAAUUAUAUAAUUUUUGUUUUAGUUAAAAUAUGACUGAUGCUUUAAUC